GGACAGCUUCGGUGAACCUGUCGGCGAGCAGGCACGAUGCCGCGAAGUCAAUCUCGGGUGUUUGAGGAUGGGGGGGAGGACGAGAAUCGGAAGGCGCAGAAGAAGUGUUGCGUGUACAAGUACAUCCGCGUGGGACAGAGUCUCGGCGAGAGAUUCCGCGGCAAUCGCAUGUUGAAGUGCAUUUUCUGCGGCCACGAGUUCCAGGGCAACCAGUUCGUGGCGGCGUGCCAUUUCCGCGAGGGCAAGGGAUGUCCGGAAGUGACCGACGAGGCACUUGUCGACAUCCACUAUAAUAGUGAGUACAAGAUGUCCGACAAGUUCUUUGAGCGGAUCCAGCGAUUUGAGGAGCUUCACGGUGCGGCGCCUGCGAUGGAUCCGCCACGGGACGAGGGGGGGGAGGGAGAGAUGAGGGGCGCGGGGGAGCAGAUCGACGUGGACGACAACGUCGAGGAGGUUGCACGGGCGGGGUCGUCAGGGAGGGAGCGAGGGAAGGGCGUUGUCAGUGAGCCCGGGGGGGAGCAGGGCCAGUACUUUGCGUCGGCGCACGUGUCGGCUCGUACACGAGCAGGUGCGGAUACGGCUGAGGCGGGUGCAUCUGCGGGAAAGAGGAAGGAGAGAGAGGAGGGGGACAGACCGACGGCAGCACAGAAGAGGAUGAGACAGAACACGAUCACGGAGUCAUUCUCUGCAAAGUGGCAGAUGGAGUUCAAGAAGAGGUGGCUGCGGUUUGUGUACAGUCAGCGCCUGAUGUUCAACGUUUUCCGGAGCGAGCCGUGGUUGGACGUCGUCCGACACUUCAGGGACUUGCCGGGGCCAGUGAAGGUGUUGUGGCCUUCGGAGAAUGAGAUCGCGGACAUAGAGACCAUUGUCCACACGGCGGACGAUGUGGGAGCUGAUCUCGCGGAGGUCAGGGUUCCUUUCUAUGUCACGGGGGCCACCAUUAUGUCAGACAGAAGGAGGUCACGCGAUGCUAGACUUCCUUGCCGGCGGGUCGCGUGGGGKGAUGCUCGUCCGGACGAUGAACAGGGAGGGKGAGCGGGAUCGGGCGCCUGAUGUGUUGGCGCGCUGGAUCAAGGUGUUCGAUGACUUCUCCCCUAAGUGGGUGAACGCCAUCUGCACCGACUCCGCCUCGGCAUAAG